UGCUAUAUAUACACCCCGAGUGAACGUCCGAUCAGAACAUGGCUGACACGCAGGAAACUCAGAGUUCGUCUGCGGCGAGCGACGACGACGAGAAUAGGAAGACGUCGGUUUGGUCGUGCGGGCUACGCCGCUACCCGACGUGUCUGCAGCCAUGCGCCGACAUCAGGCUCUUCGUGCUAGUCUACAGCGCCAUCUUCCUCUGCAUUGGCGCCUUCUUUGCGUAUUUCGUAUCCGUGCUGUCGACGUUAGAGAAGCGAUUCCAGUUACCCAGCAAGACGGCAGGAAUGCUGUUGAUAUUCAACGACGUGGGAGAAGCCGUCGUCGUCAUUUUCUUCAGUCACUUCGGCGGCAGAUCGCACCGGCCGCGCAUCAUCGCUCUGCUGUCGGCAGUGUUCGCUCUCGGCGCGUUUAUCACUUCACUGCCGCACUUCAUCUACGGCGGCGGCACGUACGUGGAGCGGGAGUUCGGCACGGGCCUGAAUCUGUCGGCGUGGCGCGACACGUGCGCCGGCGUCGCCGUACCCGACACGUGUGACGUCACGCUGCAGACGAACAAGAUGGCGAUUGGCAUCAUUGUCAUCGGGCAGCUGAUUUUAGGAGCCGGAUGUUCGAGCCUAUUUGCGCUGGGGUCCAGCUACAUUGAUGAUAACGUCAAACCCGAGAAUGCGGCGCUCUACCUAGGGAUCACAUACACCUUGCAGCUGUUUGGACCUUCGCUUGGAUUUGUAAUUGGAAGCGUUUUUACUCGAAUCUAUGUCACAUUAUCAGAUACGAACCUAACACCAAGCGACCCAGCUUGGAUCGGCGCAUGGUGGUUGGGGUUUCUCCUGAUUGCCGUGCUGCAGUGGAUAAUUACCGUACCAAUGGCCAUGUUCCCAAAGUACUUAUCAACAAGCACCCCGCAGCGCGAGCCUAUGGCCGGACAUGAUGCCUUCACAACUGGGAAGACAACGGCGGAAGUCGCGGCUAAGGGAAAGAUGGAGGGAAAAUCCCUUCGCGCUUAUUCAAGAGAUUUAAGCACAGCAAUUCGACGGCUACUGAAGAACAGGACUUACGUCUUGGUUCUACUCGGUGCGAUGUUCGAUGUCUACGUCGUCGUUUGUUACCUCAUCUUUCUACCAAAAUAUUUGGAAACACAUUUUCGAAUACCCGCCCAUAAAGCUAGCAUGUACACGGGAACAAUGGGACUCCUGUCUUCGUGCGUCGGCAUAUCGGUGAGCGCCUUCUUUAUGACAAAAGCCAAGAUACAGCCGAAAGGCGCCAUCGCCAUGAUUAUAUUCGGCAACGUCGUCACAGUUGCGUCCCUCGUAGUUUUCGUGUUCCUUGGAUGCGAAAACGUGGAUUUUGCUGGAGGACAGCUAACUGAUUCGGGAUAUGACCUGUCGAACAACUGCAGUAUGUCAUGCGAGUGUGAUCGCACGAGCUAUGCGCCUGUCUGCGGCGCCGAUGGCAUAACUUACUUCUCCGGCUGCCUCGCGGGAUGUGAGCGGAUGGACGGCAUUGCUCCUCACGAGAACUACUCGGGCUGCGCGUGUGUCGGAGCUGACGGCACGGCGACGCAUGGCUCGUGUGAUACCGGCUGCUCUAACCUGACACCCUACCUCGUCGUGCUUGCCAUCAGUAGCUUCGUGUCGGCCUCCACAAAGGUCGCCAGCAUAACUGUCAAACUCAGAGUCGUGGAUAAAGACUUAAAAUCAUUGGCUUUAGGGUUCACAACAUUUUCUGUGUGCGUUAUAGUCUCCAUGCCGGGGCCGGUCAUUGCUGGCGCUGCUAUCGACACCGCCUGCAUCCUGUGGCAGAUUGAUGGCUGCGCUGAGACAGGAUCCUGCUGGGAGUACGACAACGACAAGCUACGAUACAUUCUACAUGGCAUCGCUCUCGGCGUCAAAUGUAUCGCCACCUGUUUCUACGCGGGUGCCUAUGUAUCCUGCAAAGGAAAACUAGCUGGAGUCAUGAAUGCGUACGAGAAUGAAAUUAGAGGUGCACGAGCAAAGGGUGAAAGAAUUGACAUGAUAGAUAAAGAUACAGUCGCGGAAUCUGCCACUUCGCCCAUUACAUAAUAAAAAAAAUGGUGAUAUGAGGGGUAAUAUUGCGGCUUUGGUCGGGUCAUUCGAGUGGUUACCGCGUGAUAAGGGAGAGGGAUAAAGAGAGCUAUGACCCGCCCAGUGCAUGCUAUCUGUUAAUCUCGACUGUACUGGUGUUGCGGGUAUGCUGGUUGUCGUCCAUUCACGUCACUAUAUCUAUCUAUAUCCUUGAUAUCAUCCCCCAGAAGUCAUAUCUAUAUUGACACGUGACAACAACGACCAGCGGUCGUGAAUUCACGGCCGCUGGUCGUUGUUGUCACGCAUCAAUAUAGAUAUGACUUCUGGGAGGAUGAUAUAGAUAGAUUGAUAGCCAGCCUGAUAUAGUAGCCAGAUUGUGUACUGGCUGGUAUAUAUAUACAACGGGGACCUUAGAUGCAAGGUCUUUACUCUACUUGUUCAGUGCGGUCUGCUGAUGGAAUUUUGUCAUGUACAUCUAUGCUGCUGGGAUAACUCCUCUUCAUUUUAAAUGCAUAAUCGUUGCAAAAUUCGAUUCUUCGAGGGAGAUAUAGCGCAUGCGCGAGCACCGUUUCAGGCGAAAACUGCAUAAUAUAGCUAGCUGAGGGCGAGAGGAGUGGGAGAUUGAUGCCAGGCGGCAGGGUAGGUAGCUGAGUGGGCGGUGGCAUAAGAAGCAGACUGAGCGAGGGACUAGGGAGGCAAUUAAAGGGGAGGACGGGAAGGGAUAAAGUAGGAGUUUUGCUCCCUCCAGGCGAGGGCGCUAUCAUAAUUAUAAACACAGGUGCAUGGAUACAAUUGAAUUCCAAAAUCUAUGCUAAGAUACUCCACUACCAUAUUAAAAUUAAUGCAUAUUCAUUAUAUGCAUUCAGUAUUAGUUUAAUUAUUUCUGUAUUUAAAGUCUUUUACCAAUAUCGUCGCUGUACUAAUGUUUAUUUCUAUUUAUGUUUUAUUGUCCCAUUUGUGCAAUGAUAUUAUAUUGUAAUUAGCUCAUUAUCCUUAAUUAAUUAUUUCUGCAUUCGUAUGUGUCACUUAUAACUUUAUUGUAUUGGAAUGUUAAGUUAAUUGUUUCCUCAUUUAAACACUGUUCUUUUCAUUCUAUAGUUGUAUUAACAUUUUACCCUAUUUGUACCAGAACCUUGUUCUAAUUAAUCCGUAUAUAGCUAUUGCGUUAAUUUGUCUUUAUUAAACUAGAACAGGGUCGUAGUCUACAGGGGGCCAGGGGGACAGCUGCCCCCUGGA